AUGACGAAAUCCAGAAGAGCAAUCGACACAAAUGCAAUAGAGUUCGAGAAUUUCUUCCAAGGAUGGUUAGUUCGUCAGGAACAUUACCUGGAAGACCUCCGAUCGGCUAUGCAAACCUGUGACGCCUCCGAAGAUGAUCUCCGUGAUUUGAUCGCUCGUGUUCUCGCGCAUUACCUGCAAUACUUCGAGGAGAAAUCUCGAAUCGCGAAUCAUGAUGUGUCGUUAGUUUUCUCGCCGCCGUGGUUUUCGUCUUUUGAACGGAGUUUCUUCUGGGUUGCUGGAUUUAAGCCCGGAUUAACGUUUCGCGUUGUGGAUCGUUCGGUGGAGGAUAUGAAUAAGGAGCAGGUGGAGAUGAUGGAGAGGCUGAAGGCGGAGACGAAGGCUGAGGAGAGGGAAUUGGAGAAUGAGUUGGCGAUGAUUCAGGAAAGCGUAGCGGCGCCGCCGAUUGUUGAGGUUGCUAGGAGAGGAGAGAAUUGGUUGGCGAAUGGGAAGUAUGACAAAAUGGAAUCGGCGUUUGAGACAUUGAAAGAGCAGUUGGAGGUGGUUGUGGCGAACGCGGAUAUGUUGAGGUCGAGAGUGGCGGAGAGGGUGGUGGAGAUUUUAACGCCGGUGCAGAACGUGAGGUUUUUAGCGGCAGUGACAGAGUUGCAGCUCAAAAUAAGGACGCGUGGUUGGCAGCUUGAUUCCUAG